GAUACCUAGGAAGGCUUUACGGGAAGGCUGCCGGCUGGCCUGGCGGCUUGUGUUCCCUUGUUGGUAUCUGGGGGCCUUCGGUGUCGCCACGGGCAUAACGCUGCCCACACCAUGGCUUGGGUCCAUACUGCGCCACAGCGUCUCGUGAGACGUGGGUCCUCAGAGCCUCUUUAGUGCCAGAGCUCGGGCCGCAGGCAGCCCCGCGGCGGCGUAAGAACAGAACCUCUGAAAUGGAUGGACUCUUCCUGAGCAGCUUUACUAAUGUGCAGCAGCUGGACAAUGUUCCUCGUUAAUACCUGUCUGUCAUCAUAAUCAAUCAUCACAUCAUUUCACUCUGGUGGCAGGGACUCAGCUCCGAAUUCUAUAUAGAAAAAGCAUCUGGAUCCCAGUCUUUCAAUGGCUUCGAGACAACCAGAAGUGCCUGCUCUUGAGCCGAGUGGGCCUCUAGGCAAGAUGUCCCUGCCCAUCGGGAUGUACCGCCGGGCAUUCAGCUAUGAUGAUGCCCUCGAGGACCCUACACCCAUGACUCCUCCUCCAUCGGACAUGGGCAGCAUCCCCUGGAAGCCAGUGAUUCCAGAGCGCAAGUAUCAGCACCUCGCCAAGGCGGAGGAAGGGGAGGCCAGUGUCUCCUCCCCUGCCGUGACCCUGUCAUCGGCCACUGACGGUGCGGACAAGGCCCCUGUGGUGAAGGCUAAAGCAACUCAUGUCAUCAUGAACUCUCUGAUAACAAAACAGACCCAGGAGAGCAUUCAGCGUUUUGAGCAGCAGGCAGGGCUGAGCGAUGCUGGCUACACACCCCACAAGGGCCUUACCACCGAGGAGACCAAGUACCUUCGAGUGGCAGAAGCGCUCCACAAACUAAAGCUACAGAGUGGAGAGAUAACGAGAGAGGAGAAGCAGCCCGCCUCAGCCCAGUCCACCCCAAGCAGCAGCCCCCACCCUUCCCCUAAGCAGAAGUCCAGAGGCUGGUUCAAUUCUGGUCCUUCCACAGCCUUACCUGGCCCAAAUCCUGGCACCAUGGAUUCUGCAGGUGGGGACAAGGACAAAAACUUGGCAGAUAAAUGGAGCCUCUUUGGACCAAGAUCCCUCCAGAAGUCUGAUUCAGGAGGUUUUGCCACCCAGGCUUACAGAGGAGCCCAGAAGCCUUCUCCAAUGGAACUGAUCCGUGUCCAGGCCACCCGAAUGGCCGAAGAUCCAGCAACCUUCAAGCCACCAAAGAUGGACAUCCCAGUGAUGGAAGGGAAGAAACCACAGGCACGGACCCAUAAUCUCAAACCCCGUGACUUAAAUGUGCUCACACCCACUGGCUUCUAGAGCUCUUUGUAUUCCAGGGACUCUGGAUAGAGGGUAUCUUGUAUCCAACUCCCCUUUUACCUUGGCCUUGACAUAGGAAAGGUUUUUUUUUUGUUUGUUUGUUUUUUUCUUUUAAAACCUCUUAAACCAAUGCUAGCUGGAGAUAUACUUGGUUUUUGAGAAAUGGUAGUGCAAAGCUUAUCCUUGUGUGGAAGAAGCCAUGUUAUAUGGUGUAAAGUUAAAUAAUCCUGGCAGUGAUGUAUGGGGGAUCUCAUUACUCAUUUUUGUAUCAUUUACCUUAGACAAGAACUUUGAUCAUUGCUUACUAGGUAAAUAACGUUUGUGUUGUUCCAGAACUGAGGUUUCUUAACUUCUUUACCACUGUAAACAUGUGCGUGGCCUAGUCAUGGAGUAGAGCUGUGCCCAAACUAGCUGAGACUUUGACCCUCUGGACUGUGCACUUCUGUGUGCUCCAGUCUUGUCAGCUGGGGGACCUGAGGUCUGUUUGGUGGCCAGACUUGGCAGGGACCCCCCCCCUUCCUGGGCCAGAACUGGAGCAUUCUUGUGUUUGGUAGCCUUUCGGGUCACUUCGCCUAUAGCCACUUCUAACAAGAGCACUUCUGGCCAGUGCUAUUGGAGGGAUGCUUCGUUUUUCUGUAUCACAGAAUAAACACUAGUCUUGCAUAUCCUAUUUUGCACUUUUAAAAUGAAAAUAAUUUAUCUCCAAUUUGAUUGAAAACUUCCUAAGGGAGAAAAUUCAGUCUACUGGUUUGGUAUAGAUAAAUGUUAAACUUUUUUCAAGUUGCACAAGGCGGCACCUACAUUUAGAUGGUAGUCUUGAGGUUCACGUGAAACUAGCGUCACCCUAUUUUGAUUUUCUUGUUCAGGUCAGGCAUAAAACUUUUUUUUCUGGGAAGUGCAAGAAUUUAAAAUUUUUCUGUAUGAAAUCAUUGCCCCCAAUAAAGAGCUGCAUACUUCUAUAAAUAUGUAAGUUACUGAGGGAAGGAACUAAGGAAGCCACUUUAUUUCUCUUCACCAUGUAUGUGUUCAGUCAUUGUCUUAAAUGCGGUCUCAAAUUCCCACUGUUGUUUUUUUUUUUUGGAUACUAUCAUGUCUACAUAAGGAGCUGAGCUGACCUUUCCAUAGGGAAGCCUUGGCGUCUAAAAUGAUCAGAAUAAUUAACUUAUUUGUGUCUUCUGUUAUGCUUGUAUCUCUUAUUUGUUUUGACAAUAAACAAACUUCUUAAACUGC